AUAAUAUCAAACAAAAUAGUUUGUGGUCGACCCCUUCUAUUCUCACAAAAUUGCCUGCCAUAGCCAUGCCUCGUUCGAAGAGGGAUAAGUCGGAUCCCUCUUUUCAGCUGCUUUCCGAGGAUCCUGCUUCCUCCCAGUAUCAGCAGAAGCCAAAGCUUAUUCUCUCUGAUUCCGAGGAUUCGGAAUCCGGAGACACCCAAGAGUACCAUUCUGCGGCCGAGCUGCCCGAUGGAGAAGAUGGCCACAAGCUCAGGAUUAAUAAGGAGUAUGCAAGACGGUUCGAGCACAACAAGAAGCGCGAGGAGCUUCAUCGCUGUAUGUUUCACCCCGGUCACGCUUACCCCACUACCCCACUACCCCACCCUCUAUAUGCCGCUAAUGGCAUGUAGUGCAAGAAAAAUACGGCAAACAAGGCCUGGAAGAGGAAGGGGGGGAGGAAGAGGAAGAGGAAGAGGAAGAUGAUACAGCGAUACUAGCCACCAAACGCCUAGAUCAAGAAAUCGCAGCUACAAUCGAGGCAAUUCGAAAUAAAGACCCGAAAAUAUAUGAUGGAAAGACAACUUUCUUCUCGGCCAUUGAAGGCGAGGAGGGAGGAGAUACUAAUGGGGGAAUUGAGGAUGCGAAGGAAAAGCCAAUGUUUUUAAAGGAUUAUCAUCGCAAAAACCUUCUUUCCGGGAACGUCGGCGAUGAAGAUGUGCCUAUGACUUACUUACAGGAGCAGGAGGAUCUCAAGCGUGCGGUUGUUCUUGAAAUGCACCAAGCUGCCGAAAACGAUCCUGAUUCCGAUGCCGAUGACGUUGGCGCGGGCUUUCUUGUUAGAAAAACACAACCUGAGAAGCUUGAACCUAUUGUGGACAUUCCCGAUCCAGCCACUGCCGAUCCAAACAAUCCCGAAGAAUACCUUACGCGUUUCUUCCAAUCUCGUGCAUGGACUAAACCGGCUGGGCUUACUCCUCUUGAGGAUGACGAUUCGGAAGAAGAGGACCGCAUAGAGGAAUUCGAGAAAGCAUACAACUUUCGAUUUGAGGAUCCUGAUGCUUGUGCCAGAGGUAAGCUGGUAACCUACGGUCGUGAUGCUAUUUCAGCCAAUACUGCGAGACGAGAAGAGAUAUCUGGAAGGAAGAAGGCACGCGAGAAGAAACGUGAAAAGCAACAGACCGAGAAGGAACUUAGGGAGAAGGAAAAGGGUAGGCUACGGAAGCUCAAAACGGAGGAGUUAAUGGAGAAAUUCAAGAUGAUCCGAGAUGCAGCCGGAUUAGGUGAAGGUGGAGAUGACAAGGAGGUUGAAACGGAUGUCUUGAACAACCUUUUAGAGGGCGACUGGAGUGAUGAGCAGUGGGGAGAAUGGAUGGCCAAGAGGUUCGGAAAUAGCUACUAUGAGGCUGAUGUAGGCAAAAUAACGAAGCCAAAAUUUGACGACGAAAUCGACAUUGGCGACAUGAUCUCCGAUCUUGAAGAUGAUGACGAACUCGACCUUGAAAAUGGAGAAGCUGAGUCACGAGCUUCGGAAGGUGAAGGGGAAUUCAGCAAAGAUGUCCAGACGGCCAAAAAAUCUAAAAACCGAAAGUCCCUUCAAAAGGAGGAGCGCAAAAGAAAACAAAAAGAAAGAGGCCUCAAACGUAAAAUGGAGCAACACGUGGAGGAGAGCUACAGUUUCGAAGACCAAGUAAGCACCCCCCCUCCUAGCGCCUCCCAGUCCCAGCUUCUAAUCGGUACAGAUACCCUCCAAAAGCCUUAAAACAACCUUCCGUUAUCGAGAAACUACACCCGAAUCAUACGGUCUAACGCCCCUAGACAUUCUUGCAGCAGAAGAUGCAGAUCUCAACUCCUUUGUUGGGCUCAAAAAGCUCGCUACGUUCCGAGAACCGGAGAAGAAAAAGAGAGAUAAAAAGCGAUACGGCAAAAAGAAACGAUUGAGAGAGUGGAGGAAAGAGACUUUUGGUGACGAGGAAGGAGUUGGGAUGCUAGCUGACUGGAAACCUACCGGCAUCACGGGGGAGGAGGAAUCCAAGGUGGAUAUUAGAGGUGAGGAGGGCGGCGAGAGAAAGAAGAGGAGGAGAAAAGGGAACAAGGGCUAGCUGCCAAUAUCAAAUGUAUGAUAUCAAGGUUUAUUUUAUUUCUGUAUCUACGGACCGGGUUGUGUCUAGAUUGGAGUUGUAAUACACCAUGGGGUGAUGUCAAUAAUGUAUUUUUCAAGAGGAAAUGGCUGUCGGUAGAAAUUUCCUCCUCUCCGAU